UCCCUUUAUGGUUGCAUGCCACGCAUCAUGUGACAUCAUAGUCGCUCUCCUCCUUUCAGAGUGGGAGACUUCAGUGUUGGCGGGGCGGCCAUGACUUGGCGUGUGCGCACACGCCCGAGCGCUGCGCGGUUCGCCACUUUUUUAGGGUGUGGUUGAAAAGAAAUGUGGCCCGGGACUUGACGUACCACAAGGCUUUUGUGUGUGGACAACUGGUCACAGUCAGCUCACAAGUCGCUUGCGUCUUUGUGCUCAGGACAGGUCACGUGACCCGGACCGGGGGGGUAGACCGCAGCCGCCUGCAGGGGGGCGGGGCAUGUGUCCCAGCCCGAAGACGGCGUGGCACUGAUGAGGCAGCAACCUUGACCACAGUUGCAUCAUGGGAAACGUGGAGAGUCUGAAUGGCGAGAGCGGCUCCACAGGGCACCUGUCCCGUAAACACACGUCGCUCCGCCUCUCCGCCAAGCAGCCCGUCACACGCCGCGCCCGCCAGUCCUCGUCCGCCAAACAGGAGCACCGCCACUCUGAGGCGUCCACGCGCUCCUCCAGCACUCCCAGCAUCCCUCAGUCGCUGGCCGAGAGCGGCGCCGAGCCCUUCGACGGCGCCGACGGCCUGGCGGACUUCGGCGUCAGCCCCCACUGGACGCAGCGCGUCGCCAUGACGAUGAGGCCCGAGUCCUUCCAGCAGGACGACGACGAGGCCGUGGCCACGCCCACGCCGGAGACGUCGGAGGCGGACACCCUGGGCCGGGACUACGGCGAGGACUCGGCGGGGGAGAAGGACUGUUUUAAGAAGAAGCGCUCCAAGUCGGCCGACAUGUGGCGGGAGGACAGCCUGGAGUUUUCUCUGUCGGACCUGAGCCAGGAACACAUGACCAGCACCGAGGAGAUGGUGGACGGCGGCGAGGAGGAGGAGGAGGAGGAGGAGGAGCAGUUCCCUCGACCCCGCCCCUCUGCAGGUGCGGCGGCGAGGGCCUCGUCCUUGGACCACCUGUGCAGCCAUCAGAGUCCAGGCCUCAGGGGCCAAAGGGGCCGCCACGUCAAGGGCCGCAGGGACGACGGCAGCGUCCAGGCGGGGCUGACGUCCCCGGGCGAGGAGGACGUCGGCGCCGCCUACGGAGGAGCCUUCACCCUCCCCUGCAGACGCUCGCACUGUCUCUCCGAGGGCCGGCUGGGGGCCAGAGGAGCCUGCACACCUGCACCGUGUCCCGUCUUCCAGGGACGCCGCGCACAAACCACUCAGGACAUUUGGUCAGCGGUGGGCGAGGGCAGCGAGUACGGUGACAGCGGCAUCGACGGCGUGGCGGCCGAGGCGGACGGAGACGGGGAGCCGUUGUCACGGCGAUGCAAGACCAUGUCAGCAUCCUUCUCCGUCUACUCUGCCACAGAGACCAUGCUCUUCAACGGCAGCGACAGCGGCAGCAGCAGCGCCGGCGGGGCGGAGGGACGCGGUGGCGGCGGCGGCGUCUACGAGAACUUCCGCAAGGAGCUGGACAAUCAAGUCUGGGCCCAUCGAGGCUGCUCGGAAGAGGCGGGCUCAGCGGCGAGCGACGAGCAGAGCAGCGGCACGCUCAGCAGCGCCUACCCGUGGGACUGUGCGACGGGCUGCGCCCAGGGCACGGUCAGGAAGGCGGGCGCGCUGGCCGUGAAGAACUUCUUGGUCCACAAGAAGAACAAGAAGGUGGAACCCGCCACCAGACGCAAGUGGAAACACUACUGGGUCUCUCUGAAAGGCUGCACUCUGUUCCUGUAUGAGUCGGACGGCCGCUCUGGGAUCGACAACAACAGCGUUCCCAAACACGCUCUGUGGGCAGAGAACAGCAUCGUGCAGGCGGUGCCUGAACACCCCAAGAAGGAUUUUGUCUUCUGCCUCAGCAACUCUGCAGGAGACGCCUUCCUCUUCCAGACGUCGGGCCAGACAGAACUGGAGAACUGGAUCACGGCCAUCCACUCGGCGUGCGCGGCCGCCCUGGCCCGCCAGCACCACCGGGAGGACACGGUGCGCCUGCUUCGCACCGAGGUCCGCAAGCUGGAGCAGAGGAUGGACAUGGACGAGAAGAUGAAGAAGAUGGGGGACAUGCAGCUCUCCACCGUCACCGACGCCAGGAAGAGGAAGACCAUCCUGGAGCAGAUCUUCCUGUGGGAGCAGAACCUGGAGAGGCUCCACAUGGAUCUGUUCCGCUGCCGCUGCUACUUGGCCAGCCUGCAGGGCGGCGAGCCCCCCAACCCCAAACGCCUGCUGGGCUUCGCCUCGCGUCCCACCAAGCUGGUCAUGGGUCGGCUGGGAAUCUUCUCCGUGUCCUCCUUCCACGCGCUGGUGUCGGCCCGCACGGAGAGCAGCGUGAAGAGGCGGAGUCAGGCCGUCCAUCGCACCUUCAGCAAGCGUCGCAGCCGCUUCUCCUCCCUGUGGGGUCUGGACACGGCCGCACGCAGGAAGUCCAAGGGACACCCCUCCAUCAGCCAGGUGUUUGUUGACGGGGGAGACACGCCCAAGCCGCCCGUAGAGCAGACCUUUGAAGACUCGGCCAGUGAGAAAUCUGACAGGGAGAGCUCGGUGAAAAGUCUUCCCCAGCUGACCCCAGACAACGACAUCUGGGUCCCAGAGAACCUGGCGCCUUCCUGGGUGUGCCUGCCCAACGACCAGCCCGUCCUGGCCGUGGUGCAGCCCGGAGACACGGCGCUGGAGGUCCUGAGUGCCGUGUGCAAGAAACACAACCUGGAGGUGUGUGCUCACUACCUGCGUCUGAAGGUCGGCGAGGACGACCACGCUCUUCUCUACGUGCCCCGACCUGAGGAGGACGUCUAUGACGUGAUCUACAAGGAGAUGGAGAUCUGCUCCAAGCCCACCAAGGUGAUCCAGUUCGACAGAGCCGAGUCCUGCAGCCUGGGAUACGGUUUCUGCGUGGCGGUGGUGGACGAGGACGCCACACAGCAGCUCCACAUCACUGAAGUCAAAGCAGAAGGACUGGCCUCGGUCAAAGGUUUGAAGGCGGGCGAUGAGAUUCUUCUGCUGAACGGCAAGCCCGCCUGCGACCUCCAAAUGGACGACAUGCGGACGGCGUUCGCUCGCCAGGCCUUGACUCUGAGCGUGGCCUCCCUGCCCCACCUGGACCCCCGCCUGCUGUGCUCGCUGCCCCCCCGCCGCUCCGACGCCGAGCCCGGCCCCGCCACGGACAUCUUCUCUCAGAGCCAAGAGGACAUCCUGGACGAGGUGUCGGGCCUGACGGUGGACCAGAGUCUGGACCGAGGACCCCUGCUGUCGCCGCCGAGCCCUGGAGAUCAGCACGGAGACUUUGCAGGCGCGGGACCCAAGGAGCAGGUGGCCACCUUCUGCCUCCACGACGCUGCCGAGUGUCAGAUGUCCUCGUCCUCGUCCUCCUCGUCCCUCUCGCCCAGCCCCGUGUCGGCCCUCCCGCCCUGUGGGGGCACGGCGGCUCAGAGGCAGCUGUCACACGCCGACAAGCUGCGCAAGGUCAUCAACGAGCUGGUGGACACGGAGAAGACUUACGUGAAGGACCUGAGUUGCCUCAUCGAGUGCUACUUGACACCGCUGCAGAAGGAGAACUUCCUGACUCAGGAUGAGCUGGACGUUCUGUUCGGUAACCUGGGAGAGAUGGUGGACUUCCAGCUGGAGUUCCUGCGGACUCUGGAGGACGGCAUCAGACUGGUGCCAGACCUGGACCGUCUGGAGAGGGUGGAGCAGUUUAAGAAAGUUCUCUUCUCCCUGGGCGGCUCUUUCCUUUACUACGCCGACCGCUUCAAGAUCUACAGCGCCUUCUGUGCCAGCCACACCAAGGUCCCCAAAGUCCUGGCCAAAGCCAAAAGCGAUCCAGACUUCAAGGCCUUCUUGGAGGAGAGGAACCCCAGGCGGCAGCACUCGUCCACACUGGAGUCCUACCUGAUCAAGCCCAUCCAGCGGGUCCUCAAGUACCCCCUGCUCCUCAGGGAGCUCUUCUCCCUCACAGACCCGGACAGCGACGAGCAUUACCACCUGGACGUGGCCAUGACGGCCAUGAACAAAGUGGCCAGUCACAUCAACGACAUGCAGAAAGUUCACGAGGAGUACGGCGCCGUCUUUGACCAGCUCAUCAACGACCAGACCUCGGACAAGAAAGUGGCAGACCUCUCCAUGGGAGACCUGCUGCUGCACUCCAGUGUGGUGUGGCUCAACCCCCCUACCACUCUGGCCAAGAGCAAGAAAGACCCUGACUUGGCUGCUUUUGUCUUCAAAGCAGCGCUGGUGUUGGUGUACAAAGACUCCUCCAAGCACCGCAAGAGAGGUGGAUCUCACCGAGCGUCGGUGAGCGACGACAAGGAUCCCAUACGCUUCCGUCACAUGAUCGCCACAGACUCCCUGCAAGUCCGCGCCUUAGCAAACUCCGAAGACUCGUCCGUGUGUGAGAUCCUGCACACCAGGUCAGAAUCCGAGGGACGACCCGAACGAGCUUUCCAGUUGUGCUGCAGUUCCCCAGAGAGCAAGAAGGAGCUGCUGAAGGCGGUCCACUGCAUCCUGAGGGAGAAACAACGCCGGCAGCUCCUGAAGAGCCAGUCUCUGCCUCUCAGCCAGCAGUACGUCCCCUUUGGGGGCAAGAGGCUCUGCGCCCUCAAGGGGUCUCGGCCCACCAUGAACAGAGCAGCGUCGGCUCCUUCGCGCACGUUGCCCCGCAGGAAGUUGGUCCGCAAGCGCUUCACCAUCGACACGGACUUGGCCUUCCACGGCAACAACGCCGCCGCCGACCCCGACUGUGACUCCGCCCACCAGACGUCCCAGCAUGCACCUGCGCACGCCAACGACACGGACCGCUGGGUGGAGGAGCAGUUCGACCUGGCUCGCUACGACCGCCGCCACGAUGGCGCCAAGGUGAAGGAGACGGACAUCCUCAGCGACGACGACGACUACUGCAAGUCCGUCAGGGCGGCGGCGCUCCAACCUCAGGACCUGCGUCUGGACGCCCUGGAGAUAGACGGCGGGGAGGGGCGGAGCCGGGACCCCGACGGACAAGGGCGGACGGGAGGCGGGGUCACGCAGGACGACGCCCCCGAGCGACUGGCUCGCUGCGCCACGCCCACCCUGAAGGUGGCGCCACUCAAACCUUGUGCGGCCGCCAACCAGGACCCCGUGGUGGUGUGGGUGCGCAGGGACGACAUCUUCUGACGUGUGUGUGUGCGUGUGUGUGUGUGCGUGUGCGUGUGUGUGUGUGUGUGUCGCGUACAGCACACACUGGCCAGUUGAUUAGGUACACCUCCAAGGCUCCACUCUGUCCCUCCGUGAGGACCACGGUGAUGCGUUCAAGUUCAGCCCGUUCAUUCGGACUCAUGGGGUCAAAGGUCACGUGCGGCACGCCGUCUGAGGUCAAAGUUCAUCAUCGGGAUCGCUCGACCUUUUUUGUUUGUUUGAGUCGCGGCGUCGUAAAGAAGUGAUGUCAUGGCCAAAAUAUUAGGAACACCCUCUUUGAACAUCACGUCUGUUUUUUUUAUAAAUCAUUCCCGACUAAAUGCCUUUUUUCAAAUCAUUGUUAUUUUAAAGAAUCAUACCGAACUAAAUGUCCUUUUUCAAAUCAAAUGUCAUUUUCAGGAAUCAUACCCAACUAAAUGUCUUU